CUCUCGUUUGGCGCGAUCACUCAACGACACACAGCACAGCACAGCACAGCACAAUGGCCGCCGUUUCCCAGUCGGAGCCUUCGGGCUUGCAAAAUAUCUCCAAUCUGCUCGAAACCCUUACGACAUGUCUGACCAGCACCGGAUCCUCGCUCCCUAAGACGAAACGGGAGGAGCCCUCGGAUGUGUCGAUUGAACCGCCGCAGGAUGGCAUUUCGCUGCUUGACACCAAGUCCGAUCUCCUUCUCUCCUACAUACAGAAUCUGGUGUUUUUGGUUAUAUUCCAGCUGAGAGGUCUCAAGGCGACCGACGACGAAGAUGCCGAUACGAAUGAGUCGCUCCCGGAGGAUAUUGUGAAGAAACUCGUCGACCUACGUGUCUACUUGGAUCGUGGUGUUCGCCCAUUGGAAGGACGUCUGAAGUACCAGGUCGACAAGGUCAUCAAGGCAGCCGAGGAUGCCGACCGGGCCGAGCGCGGAGCCCCGGCUCCCAAGAAGAGCAAGACUAAGAAGGCCGCCCGGGACGAGUCCGGCUCCGAGGGUAGCAGCGACAGCGAGGGUGACAGUGAUGAGGAGGAUGAGGACGAUGAUGAGGAAGAUAUUGACGAGAUGGCGUACCGGCCCAACGUGUCUUCGUUCUCGAAGAAGGUCGAGCCUGAGGCCCGACAGGACAAGGCGUCCAGACAAGCACCAAGCGAUGGCAUCUACCGACCACCCAAGAUUAUGCCCACGUCCCUACCGACCACCGAGAGCCGGGAGCGCCGGGAGCGCGCGCCACGCCGGUCGAAUGUUAUUGAUGAGUUCGUCAGCGCCGAGAUGUCGUCCGCGCCCAUGGCCGAGCCCAGUAUCGGAAGCACAAUUGUGCGCGGUGGACGACAAACGAAAUCGAAGAAGGACCGAGAGCGUGAGGCCGAGCGGACGCGAUAUGAAGAAACCAACUUUGUGCGUCUGGCAAAGGAGAGCAAGAAGGAUCGGGCCAAGCGACUCCGUGCCGAGGGACCGGGUAACACCUUUGGCGGAGAGGAUUGGCAGGGACUUACGGAGGGCGCGGAUCGGAUCACGAAGCUUACGCGGAGGGCGCGGGGAAGCGGGAAUGCAUUGGAUCGGAGUCGGAAGCGCAAGCUGGACGAUGGACAGCGCGGUGAUAGCGGUGGAGUGGGCCAGAUUUUCGAGAAGCGGCGCAAGAAGGUGGACAGCUGGAAGCGGUGAUUCCGAUAUUUCUUUGAGCAUUGUUCGAUACCAGAAAAGUUAUCUACUCUUGUUACCAAUACCAGCACGGCCCUAACCCCUGGCCAGUGGCCAGGAUGACGGAGGCAGCCGGUUUCAUCAACCAUGACAUCAUCACCAUGCUGCACCUGGCCUGUAAUAUGUACCCUCAUCUACC